AGUCCGGUAACGCAACCACACCGUCAGCCUUCUGUAGCCAAACAACCCAGGAUAGGAUUCGCUCCAGUCUCUGUACCAAUGCCUAUCUGGUCGGGCCAUAACGCAUCAGCGAUCAACCGGAAUUUGUUCCCUUCAACGGUUAUGAUGGGAUUUCUAAAGCUAGCCUACCUGGCUCCUUGGAUAGGAUCAGCAUCAUAUUUCACUAUCUUCUAAUUGGAUCCACUAAAUAUAAAUACCUUUGUUUUUUCUAUUUGAUUUUUAAUACAAAAAAACAUUUAUAAAUUCUUCUGCGCCGAUCUCCGGCUUCCCUUCCGCCGUCUCCGCCGCUGCCUACUUCCUUCUCCUCUGGAGUUUCCUUUUCCCGUCGCCGGAGAAUAGAUGCAUUCACUCGGCCUAAAGCUUAAUCUCGCCCCGAUUCUUUUGUGAUACUUUGCGUCUCGAAGAGGGAGGCAUGGAUGGCGCUGGAGGAGACGGGGGCGGAGCCUCCGCGAAGGAAGCCGAAGAUACGACGGGCAACGCGGUUCACAGUGUCGGUGCCCCACCCCCGUUCUUGAGCAAGACGUACGAGUUGGUGGACGACCCGGCGACGGACGCCGUCGUGUCGUGGGGACCGGCCGACAACAGCUUUGUGGUGUGGAAUACCACCGAAUUCGCUAGAGACCUCCUCCCCAAGUUCUUCAAGCACAAUAACUUCUCUAGCUUCGUUCGCCAACUCAAUACCUAUGGUUUUAAAAAAGUUGAUCCUGAUCGAUGGGAGUUUGCCAAUGAAGGUUUCUUGAGAGGACAAAAACAUUUGUUGAGGUUGAUCAACAGAAGAAAAUCAACCCAUGCACAUAACCAGCAGCAGCAGCCACAAACACAGAAUACAAUUGAGGUGGGAAAAUUUGGUUUGGAGGAGGAGAUUGAGAGGCUUAAGAGAGACAAGAAUGUGCUCAUGCUGGAACUGGUUAGGCUGAGACAGCAGCAGCAAAGUACUGAUCAGCAGCUAAACACCAUGGGCCAGCGUCUCCAAGGUAUGGAUCAGCGCCAACAACAAAUGAUGUCAUUCUUGGCAAAGGCCAUGCAGAGCCCUGGAUUCCUAGCCCAGUUUGUGCAGCAAAAUGACUGCAAUAGACGCAUUGUUGGACUAAACAAAAAGCGGAAUAGGAAAGACAAGCUAGAGGUUGAAAGCACAAUGCAGGAUGGCCAAAUAGUUAAAUACCAACCCUUGAUAAAUGAAGCAGCAAAGGCAAUGUUGAUGCAGAUUCUAAAAUUUGACACCUCACAUAGGUUGGAUUCCUUUGGAAACUCGCAGAAUUACUUGAUUGACAAUUUUCAAUCCCCUAUUGAAGCUUUUGAUGGCAGAAGUCCACUAAAGAGGAUAUCAGGAGUUACACUAUCUGAAAUGCCUACAAGUUCAAACGAACCCUCCUUACCUACUAGCUCUGGGUGCUCGGCACUGCCCUCAUUAUCUGUGCCAUCUGAAAUCCAAGCUUCUAGUGUAGCAAAUGUUGCUCCGACUGACAUGCAUAAAACGAAUAUAUCUGGCAUCAUCACUCCACCCCAUACUCAACUUGGUGUCUCCGAAACUUCUCAAGUCCCUUCCAUGAUGCUUAAUGAACAUAAUCAUAGCUAUGUAGGACAGAAUGGAGGUAGCUUUCCUAUGAAUUAUAUUCCAGAUUUCAUGAAUGAGUUGCCUCAAAUUGAGACUGAAAAAUUUUGUUCUGAUGCUGAUAUGGAUAUAUUGAAUGAUGAUGAGAAGCUUCCAAGUGUCAGCGAUCCUUUCUGGGAACAACUCUUGACCGACAACCUACUUCUGGGAGAUGCUGAAGAGGUUGAUUCGGGCAUACAUGAAACUGAGGAUGCAAAGCUAGAAUCUGGAAUUGGUUGGGACAGUGCCCAUGAUAUGGAUCACCUCACAGAGUAGAUGGGUAAUUUUGGCUCACAGACCAAUAGGUAAGGCUGAAGAUUUCUGACACAAAUUUAUACUUUCUCAAGUCUGAGCAUUAGGAAUGGCUGGAUGCAAGUUAGAAAUCAUGACCAUACUCCUGCACUUUAAAAAUAUUUUCCUGCUUGUCUGUGAGUCGAGAAGUAUGUGAAAGAGUUUGUUUUUGGUUUGUAUGUUCAGAAUGUUCCACAUAAUCCACAUAAUUUAAGAUAUCA